AUGGUUAGAUAUUUGUUAAAAGUAGUCGUUAUUGGAAGAAAUCUACCACAACCAGUCUUAUAUUAUCUCGAGAAUAAACCUAUUGAAUUUACUGCUCAUCUGAUAGGACAAAAUCCUAAAAGACCCUUUAAAUAUGAGGAACUUCAAGUAAUUGAAGAACCUGAUAAGAUUGAAUACCCAUCCGAUAAAUUUAUACGAAAAUAUCAUUAUACUGGAUUU